AUGGGGGCGUUUUUGAAUAAGCCCGAAACUAGGAAGUACAACGAGAAUGGGGAAGGGAAUGGUCUUCGCUAUGGCGUGGCGUCGAUGCAGGGUUGGCGCGUCGAGAUGGAAGAUGCGCAUCACGCGCAGUUGACUCUGAACGGAACUCUAUCUGACUGGUCUUAUUUCGCAGUGUUUGAUGGGCAUGCGGGAGCGCGGGUAUCAGCGCAUUGCGCGGACAACCUCCUUGAAUGUAUCCUACAAACAGACGAGUUCCGGCGCGAGGAGAUAGCUCAGGCUAUCCGCACCGGAUUCUUAGACCUGGAUAAGAAAAUGCGGGAACUACCAGAGCUGUAUAAUGGCGAAGAGAAGUCUGGUUCGACGGCGGUCUGCGCAUUCGUGUCGCCCAAACAAAUAUACAUAGCUAACUGUGGCGACUCACGCGCAGUACUAGCCCGCAACGGUGUGCCGAUCUUCGCGACCAGAGACCACAAACCAGAGCUACCGUCGGAGAAGUCGCGUAUAGUGCAAGCCGGUGGGUCUGUAAUGAUACAGCGUGUGAACGGUAGUUUAGCCGUGUCCAGAGCACUGGGAGACUAUGAAUAUAAGAAGGUUAUGGAUCGUGGUCCUUGCGAGCAGCUGGUGUCUCCUGAGCCUGAAGUGUCUGUUCAUGAGCGGGUCGAUGCAGAGGAUGAGUUCUUGGUGCUGGCCUGCGAUGGUGUGUGGGAUGUGAUGACCAAUGAGGCACUCUGUGCAUAUGUGCAUUCAUUGCUCCAGCUGACUGAUGAUCUUGUUGCUAUAACCAACCAGGUCAUUGACACCUGUCUCUACAAGGGCAGUAAAGACAACAUGAGCAUCGUGUUGGUGGUAUUCCCCGCAGCGCCGAAACCAAACGCCGAGGCCCAGCGCGCCGAUCGCGAACUCGACGAGACGCUGCGACAAAGACUCACAGCACUGAUAGACCGCAGCACCAGCAGUGAGGAGCGCGAGGACCCGUCAAGUGACUUCUCGUGGGUACUCAAACAACUCUUGCAGGAGAACAUACCUGGCCUGCCUCCGGGAGGGGGGCUUGCCGCCAAGCAAUCACUCCUGGACAAAAUAUACAGGGAGUUCUUCCCGGAUCACCCCGACAGCUCGGAAACUUUCGACUGUCAGACCGAACUGACGGAUGCGUUUUCAGCCAACUAA